UCCUCUCUGUUUCACUGUCGCUUUCUUUCUCCUCUUUGUACAGAUACUUUGCUGGAAAACAAACUGUGGGCGCAGGGGCUUGAGGGAGCUGCCCUUUAACGCAUCACUCCUCCAGCCCUUCCUCUGCGGAGUUUCCAAGUUUUCCCUACCGGCUGAAGUUGAGCAGGGUAACUUCCCAAAUUGCUUGAACGCCUCUGUUGCGUAAAGGCUUUGCAUAAAAAAACAAAAAACGAAACUAAAAACAAACAUCCGAUCGCACUGAGAACCUGUCACUGUCGCGAUGUGGCUGCCCGGUGGAUGCGCCUCGACGGUUCUGACUUCCCUCGGGUGUCGGAGCUUCAGGUCCUGUGUGCGUGUUCUGGCUCGACGCGCCUGUAACACGGCGGCGUUCAUGCCGGAGGCCGCGGGCUUCGAGGGCGCGUCGAGCCGCGCGGCGCUGCAGGACUUCUCCGUCUCCAGCAGCGACAGCUUCUGGUCCGCGGUGGCGCGUCACAGACUGAGCUGGAUCCGUCCCUUCCACACGGUCCAGGACUGCGACCUGAGCCGGGGCAGGAUCAAGUGGUUCGAGGGAGGGAAGCUGAAUGUGUCCGUAAACUGCCUGGACCGCCACGUGCACACCUGUCCCGAGAGGGUGGCCCUGAUCUGGGAGAGAGAUGAACCAGGGUCAGAGGUCAAGGUCACCUACAGGCAGCUGCUGGAGAUGACGUGUCGCAUGGGCAACUUGCUGAGGCGGCACGGCGUGAGGAGGGGGGACUGUGUCACCAUCUACAUGCCUUCCUGCCCUCUGGCUGUGGCGUCCAUGUUGGCCUGUGCCCGGAUUGGCGCAGCCCACAACGUGGUGUUUGCUGGGUUCAGUGCGGUGGCGUUGUCAGAGCGAAUCCGAGACGCCCAGUCCAGCGUCGUCAUCACAGUGAACCAGGGCGUCAGAGGCGGUAAGGUCACCGAGCUUAAGAGGACGGUGGAUACGGCGGUCCAGAGCUGCCCGACCGUACGGCAGGUGUUUGUUGCUAUGAGAACAGAGAAUCCAGUUGUCAUGACAGCCAGGGACGUUGCCAUGGAGGAGGAGAUGCUGAAGGAGGACGUGGUGUGUGAGCCAGCUGCCAUGGACAGUGAGGACACUUUGUUCCUGCUUUACACAUCGGGCAGCACGGGGAAGCCCAAAGGACUGGUCCACACUCAGGCAGGGUACCUGCUGUUCGCCGCGCUCACCCACAGGUACGUGUUCAACUAUCACGAUGGAGACGUGUUCGGCUGUGUGGCAGAUAUCGGCUGGAUCACAGGACACAGCUACAGUGUCUACGGGCCGCUGGCCAACGGCGGGACUACUGUUCUGUUUGAGAGCACGCCCACUUACCCUGACCCAGGAAGGUACUGGGAGAUGGUUCAGAGACUGAAGAUUAACCAGUUUUACGGGGCGCCCACUGCGAUCCGCCUGCUGCUCAAAUACGGAGACCAGUGGGUCCACAAGUACGACCGCUCCACCCUCAAAACUCUGGGCUCCGUGGGUGAGCCCAUCAACACCGAAGCGUGGGAGUGGUACUACAGCGUGGUCGGCGACAGACGCUGUCCGGUGGUGGACACCUGGUGGCAAACAGAGACAGGUGGCAUCUGCAUCGCCCCGAGGCCAUCGGACCCAGACGCAGAGAUUGUCCCAGGAAUGGCUAUGAGACCUUUCUUUGGCAUAAAGCCAGUGCUCAUGGACACUGAGGGCAAAGUUGAGACUUCCAACAACACAUCCGGAGCUCUGUGUAUAGCUCAGCCGUGGCCUGGUAUGGCCCGAACAAUUCACAACAACCACCAGAGGUUCACCGAGACCUACUGUCACCCAUAUCCUGGUUAUUUCUUUACCGGUGAUGGCGCCUAUCGAUCUGAGGAGGGAUAUUACCAGAUCACCGGGCGCCUUGAUGACGUCAUCAACGUGAGCGGUCACAGGAUUGGCACCGCAGAGAUAGAGGAUAUAGUGAACCAGUGUUCUGCAGUGGCUGAAUCUGCCGUCAUAGGAUACUCGCACGACAUCAAAGGACAAGGUGUUUAUGCCUUUGUGGUGCUAAAAAAGAUUGCAGAGGUCCAAGAUUCGGACCUGUCCAGGCAGCUCAACGACAUGGUAGCUAAAAAGAUCGCCAAGUACGCCUGUCCAGACUGCAUCCAGAUCGUCCAGCGUCUGCCGAAGACACGUUCCGGUAAGAUAAUGCGCCGGGUGCUGCGCAAGAUAGUGGAGCGCGAACUGGACGGGCUGGGUGACCUCAGCACGCUGGACGACCCCGCGUCCGUUCGUGAGAUCAUCCAAGGCCACAGUGACCUCUUGAGUAAACAGAAACCACAAUGAUUGAAGAGGAUUGUGAAAGUGAUGCUAGAAUGUUUAUCUCCAUUUCAGUUAAACAGGCUCGUAGCUAAUGUAUCAAAACUUAUUCUAAAAGGCCAAAUAUAUAUUUUUAGUUUUUAUUGCACACAUGAGCUUUUUAUCAAACCAGGUAAACAACUUUUUAAACUGUAUCUCUCGUCCACCGAUGUACUCUGCUCUUGUUAGACACAAAAUCAUUGGUUUUUUUAUACAAAACUGAAUAACGCAGUAGUUAUAAUAUUCCAAUCUAUUGACUGAAUGUAAAACAAUAAACCACUGUGAUCUCACAUAAAGGCACAUUA